AUGCAGCAGCAGGUGAUUCAAGUUUUCUCUGCAGAAGGCAAAAAGCAGAUUUCACAGUAUAGCAACUAUCAUCAUUUGCCCUUGGGUUUCCGUGACCGUACUCAUCCUGAUUAUGUGUGUCGCUUGCGGAAAUCUCUUUAUGGAUUGAAGCAAGCGCCUCGUGCUUGGUACCAGCGUUUUGCAGAUUAUGUCUCCACCAUUGGGUUUCGCCAUAGCACCUCUGAUCACUCUCUUUUCAUCUACAGACGAGGCUCUGACAUGGCUUACCUCCUGCUUUAUGUUGAUGACAUCAUCCUCAUCAGCUCUUCUCAUGACCUUCGCAAAUCUAUCAUGGCUCUUCUUGCCUCCGAGUUUGCUAUGAAGGAUCUGGGACCGUUGAGCUAUUUCUUGGGCAUUGCCGUCACCAGACAUGCAGGUGGACUUUUUCUCAGUCAGAGUACAUAUGCACGUGACAUUAUUGCUCGGGCCGGUAUGACCUCGUGCAAUCCUUCUGCCACUCCUGUUGACACCAAGCGGAAACUCAGUACUUCUGCUGGUACUCCGUGUGAUGAUCCUACUUUAUAUCGGAGUCUUGCUGGGGCUUUACAGUAUCUCACAUUCACCCGUCCUGACAUCUCCUAUGCUGUUCAGCAGGUAUGUCUUCACAUGCAUGCCCCCCACACAGAGCAUCUGCUUGCACUGAAGCGCAUCCUGCGUUAUGUUCAGGGCACUUUACAGUUUGGUUUGAAUCUCUAUCCUUCUCCUAUCGAGAAGCUUAUUUCCUACACUGAUGCCGAUUGGGGUGGAUGUCCCGACACUCGCCGGUCUACUUCUGGCUACUGUGUGUUUCUCGGCGACAACCUCAUUUCUUGGUCGUCCAAGAGACAACCCACGCUUUCCCGGUCCAGUGCUGAGGCUGAGUACCGAGGCGUUGCUAAUGUGGUUUCAGAAUCAUGUUGGCUACGCAACCUGCUUUUGGAGCUUCACUUUCCUCUUUCUCAAGCUACUUUGGUCUACUGUGAUAAUGUUAGUGCCAUCUACCUAUCAGGCAAUCCUGUCCAGCAUCAGCGCACUAAACACAUUGAGAUGGACAUUCACUUUGUUCGAGAGAAGGUCGCCCGUGGUCAAGCACGCAUCAUUCAUGUUCCUUCUCGCCACCAGAUUGCGGAUAUCUUCACCAAAGGCCUCCCUCGAGUUCUCUUUGAUGAUUUUCGGACCAGUCUCAGCGUCAGUGAACCUCCCGUUUCGACUGCGGGGGUGUGA